GUUAUUAGCAAAACUUCAUGUUUAUCUUAAGGUGUUAUAACAGUACGGGUUUUCUUCUAACGUGAAGGUUUAGGUUACACAGCAAGUAGCCUGACGACUUUUACCGGCUGACGUGACCUUUGCCCUCAAGGAGUUAGGCAAAAUGGCGGACCCAAAGUAUGCAGAUCUGCCCGGAAUCGACUACCAGCCUGAUGUGUAUGAGACCAGUGAUCUUCCUGAAGAUGACCAGGCAACGUAUGUUGUGGAGGAACUGAACAGUGAUGCUGUGAGCAGUCUUCCAGUCAACCCAAACUCUGCGUACGAAAAGUUUAAAGGAAAAGUUGUCUCCUCCAAAAGUCUUGAUUUCUCUGAUCGCAUCAGCGGGUCCCGCAGGACUGGCUACGAGACACGCACUGAAUAUGAAAUCCUGGGAGAAGGUGAGGGAGUGGAGACUCCUCAGCAGAAGUUCCAGCGUCUUCAGUGUGAGAUGAAGGAACUUGUGGAAGAUGUGGAAAAUCUUAAGACUGCCAUGAAGGACACGAGUGAGACGGACCAGCUGAACCCUGUGCAGGUGUCCCAGCAGGUGCAGGUGCUGCAGAAACAGCUGUACGAGCUGCACCUGGAGCAGGUGCUGGGGCAGGAGGCAGCUGCUGAUAUCACUGAUCCUCACAACGCUCUGCCAAAGAAGGUGAUCACACAACUGGAUGCCAUAAAGAGUGGAAGUGCCAUGACCAAGACCCCCACUAAGAAGGGCCUGUUCUCCCGAGCUGCCCCAGCCGGCUCCACAGACCAGCAGGUCACAUACGAGCUGUACUACAGACCAGAGCAGGCCAAACUACAGGAGAAGGCGAAGCUGGGACAACUAGAAGAGAGAAUACAGCGGUUGGAGGCAGCUGUUGGACACAGCCCUGAGAAAGUGUCUGCCCUGACCAGAGAUGCCUCCUCCAAGAGCCUGCUGGGUGCGGUGGCGAGCCUGGAGGCCAGGACCACCAUGUUGGACCCCAUCCAGCUGGACCACAUCGAGGCCAGGAUGCAGGGGGUUCUCCAGAAACUGGCCGAGCUCAACAAACAGAGGGCAGCUGUGGAGGAUGCUGACAAACAGAGCAAGAUCUCUGAGCUGUAUGACCUGAUGAAGAAGUGGGAGAGUAUGGCCAACAGCCUUCCUCAGGUGGUGGAGAGGAUGGCAGCUCUUAGUGAACUACAUGAGCAAGCCAUGCAGUUUAGCCAGGCCCUGAGCCAACUGGACACCACACAGCAGCAGCUGUCCACUACUCUCAAGUCCAACACCACUAUGGUCAAGGAGCUUCAAGACAAUUUUGCUACCAACAUGGCGACCAUAGAAUCCAACUGUAAGGCCCUUGAUGCACGACUGAAGACUGUAAAUAAGUAACCAUGUAACUGUACUGCAGUUUACCUUGUCAACAGUUUUAAGUUUUCAGGCUUUGCUAGAUGUUCCCAACUCUCCAUAAAUGGGCUCUUUUCACAUUUGUAUAAUACUGCAUUAUUCUCUUACAAUGUCUAUUCUUGGAUUAUAUUCGCAAGGAUUUUUUGACACUAGCACUUAUCAUUAACUCUGGCAUGCUCAUGAUUGUCAUCAGUCCAUGUAGUUCCUGCUAUUGUUGACAAAGCUAUUGUAUUGAAGCUGUAUUCUGUAAUGUGCAAGGCUUAAUCGAGGAAACGUCAAUACAAAAAUUAAUUGGCAGUAAAGAGUAAUACUGGUAUGA